CAAAAACUCUCUCUAGUAUUGCUAUUGAACGAAAAAAUGGACCGGCGUUGUAUCGAUCGACGUUGAAAGUGAAACACAUGAUGAACCGCCAGGCCGAUACUUCGCGGUCGAUACCGUCUGCUGCCGAAAGAAGAAAUCCUUUCCUGUUUCAGGUGGCUUGUUGGAGACGUGAAACGCAAAAAGAUUCUCCGCUACUGGGUACUUUUGUGGUACGAAGAACCUCCAUGACUGCGUUGUCUUGAGCGGCGCAGGAGCUGCCAGAAUACCGACCAAGAGGAGCAGCAAGACAUCAAAGGGUGUCCGUGUUUUCCACGGAGUCAAUCCGUCGUCUCGUCCCCUUUUCACCUUGUCGGUGCUUCGGAGGAUGGCCUGUUCAGCUACUGACCUCCUUGGUCCGCCAAGAGGAAUGAUGGGCGCCAGUCGUCGGGGGCCAUAUGGUGUUGCGGCUCGGCGCAUCGCCGGCCAAGUGAGGUUCUUGUGGUCUGCGAUGUGUAUUGCGUCACUUUUCCUCAGGCCGUCUCCUCUUGCUUCUGGGUUCAAGAUCUUUCUAAACAAGUCCUACCGCAGUGCGACCACAGCGGAAUUUUUCGCCGCAGACCGGGACAAACUGAAACUGGCCCGCGGACGUCAAACAGAUAGCGCCACUAGUACUGGGACCUCCAUCACGCACAGGACGAAGAGAAACAAGUCCCUGCUCCAGCAAAAGCUGGAAAUGGAGAAGACGUACCAGCUACACGCCAUCGACUACUCGGGGGACAUGUACCUGGGCCAACAUCAGCAGCUGAAAGUUCGCGUCCUUUUCGACACCGGCAGUGGCGAGUUUUUCCUUCCGAUAUGCAUUGCAAAAGUAUCGUGCCGGUAGUGAUUGAAGUGAUGCACGACAGAUCUGCCAUCUUAGGUAAAUCUAAAUCAGCAUAUACAAAUUCUACUUUUCUUCGUGGCAAAUAAAUUUGUGAUGCUAUUAGUUCUACAUCUACGUAGUACUUUUGCAAAAAUGCAUACCCGAGUACCAAAUGCGACUCGGACUCGUGCAAAGUGCACCCGCGGUACGAGCUAGAUCGUGGAGCUGUGCGGCCUUAUUCUUCUGCCGUCGCCGCAGCAAGCAUGGCGAACCAGUAUAGAGGUACUCCUGCAAGAGCCUCUACCUCUACGGGAGUAGACGAGGAAGCCGAACAAGGUGAAGCAAAGAAUAAUAUCCUCGCGAUUGAUUUCUCGAAAGGUCUGAUUUCCGGGGACCAGAAAAAGUUUCUCAACGUCACGAACUUUCUAGUCAAGAAGGACAAGAGGAAGCAUGGCAGCGGAGGAGGACAAGAACGAGAGGCCACAGACUCACAGAACCAGAACACAGUCCACGAGGUCCAGGAAGAUGCGCAUGGCAAACUUGGUUCCCAGAAGGAACAAUCGGGCCGCAAGGUGGCAUCAGCAUCGUCAACUAGUACUGGCACGACCCCUGCUAAUAUCGCUACUUCCGCGAGCACGACCAAAGACUACCAAGUCCGCAUGAACUUCGCCUCUGGCUCCGUCUUCGGCCAGUUCACCAAGGACGCGCUCUGCUUCGAACCGGAGAAUCCAGCCUCCUGCGUGCCGGAUUUUCACUUCCUAGCGGUGGAGAAGGACAAAGAUGUGUUUCCGAAAAACGAAACGAGAUGGGGGGCGGUGUUGGGCUAUGGAUUGUAAAAAUGUCUGGGUCUGGAAGAUUGCAACUUGUCAUGCUAAAUCUGAAUCAUGCAUAAAUCUGUGUUGCAUGAGUGCCAAAAGGUGUCCACUUUCGACCAAGUUUGCAGGGAGUUUCUCAUGCAGGAUAGGCAUGGCAGAGACCUCACAGACUCUGUCAUGCUAGGUCUCGCAUUCCAGACCUCACGAGUCAUGGAAAUCCUGCAUGACAAGCUUACACUCUACUUCCAGACCCAGACAUAUUUGCAUUUGAUAUGGGCCUGAGCCUCCCGGACAUUUCGUUCGGGGAGAACGAAUCCUUUCUGCUAAAGUGGUGGAAGGGGGAACAAGAACAGAAGAAGACUGAAAAGAGAGCAUCAACUUCAUCAUCUGGUGCACAACAAGAAGCUCACGCAGUCCUCCCACUCUUCAGCAUGUACCUCGGGCCGAAAUCUGUGGACGCGCCGGCGGUGUUGGAGUUCGGGAAGGUUCCGCCACUGAUUCCACCAGCUGCGGGUCGUGGACAGCACCAGCAUGCAAGCAACACUGCCCAAAACGAAAACCCGCGAAAAAUCGCGUUGAAGCAGGAUUUGGAAAACCAAAAGACACUGGAAAAUCUGGAAAACGCCAGCUUGGGCGAGUUGGUGAACUUGGUGAAGAGCAUGGACAAUUUGAACUCGCCGGGGAAUACUAGAGGAGCUGCUGCUUCCUUCGACGACCGCAUCAUCUUCACGCCGGUGACAAAUCCGGGCUACUGGCAGCUGAAGAUCGAGGACCUGACAAUUGGCGGAAAGCCACUUGGCUUCGACUGCGACUGCCCAACCUGCUGCCUAUGCGUUGCAAAGUAUAAUCUUCGACAACGUAGAUGUACUUCUACGUGCAAGUAUUUCUGCCCCUGCAUAUGCAAAUUUUUCCAGAUGAAAGGAAACUUGUUUUCCCAUGCAAAGUCAGGUAUUUUUAAAAGUGGAUUUGUCAUUUCUCAUGCCAUGUGGUUGCAACACAAAAAAAGAUUAGUACUUUGCUUUGCUGUCCAUACUGCCAGGCGGUGAUUGAUUCCGGUUCUUCUGUCAUCCUGGGUCCGAAGGAAAUCGUGAAAAAAGUGCGGCAAGGGCUGAACUACGCUUCCGAUGACAACGACUGCACGAACAUCGAUUCCUUUCCGGACCUGGGCUUUGUCAUCCGGGGCGAAAACAACAUUCCCUACGAGUUCUCGCUGCUAUGCAAUACAGAUUUCCCGUACAUGUACAAAAUGCAUGACAAAUUUCGCUAACAUGCAGAGUCCAACUUGUCAUGCUAGACCAGGACUGAAGGCAAGUUUUGUCAUGCAGAGACUGCAUUUGCACGUGUACGGGAAAUUUACUGUGGAUAGCUGCAAGACAAGGACUACAUGGACCGGGCGAGUGAGGACGGGAAGGACUAUAUCCUGAGUAAAAACGUCCCCACCCGAUAGUUGCAAUGCAAAUCUGCAUGCUGAAAAUGUUUCUCAUGCGGAGCCCCAACAUGAGACGCAUUUUCUAGUUGUGUUUUGGAAUUUGUAAUGCUCCAAUCAGCAUGAUAUACUAGACCUUUGAUGCUGGUGCUGAGCUAGCUUAAACAGCACUACGCUGCGAGUCCAAAUUUGUCAUGCAAAACAGCCAAGGCUUGUGGAUUUGUCCAGCGGAUUUCCCAUCUUGCCUCUCGUGUGAGGACAUUUUCACUCAGGAAAGACUACUGUUGGCUGCACUUCAUGGACGGCCCCGAGGACACCGGGCGGGGACCGCUUUUGAUUCUGGGCAUGCCGUUUCUGCGCAAGUUCGCGACUGUGUUCCAGUUAUGGUUUGCAAAAGUACCGUACUAGUAGUAAUUGCAAUACAAAUUCGCUCAGCAUGACAAAUGAAUUUGUCAUGCUGAUUUGCCUUGGGAACUAGAUUUGUAAUGCAUGACUGCGAUUACGACGAGUGCGAUACUUUUGCACAGGAUACCAGUUUUUGAGCGGCGAUGAUCAGCAUGGGGGAGGAGAGCAGUACCAGGUGGAGUCUUCAUUAUCGAAUGCCGUACACGGAGGUGCGGGCCGCGAUCGUUCGAAAAACCAUCCACGACUCGGGUUUAUCAAUUCCGAGUAUGUGGACGUCGCGAGGGUGUACAACUACGGGGCAGAAGAUGUUGGCAACGUGGACAAGAAGAGCACUACAAGAGCUAUGGACGACCACACGGACGACGGGGCGCAGCACGUCGAGGACCCAGAGCCUGCAACUGUUGUACCUGGUAAGGAUGUUGAACAAAGUGUGGCUCCUACUGUGGUCGGGAAGAGUUCUUUGCUACCCAAGAACGGUAGUCCUAGUACUAUCGGAAAAAAAUCUGAAAAGACAAUGAAGCUGGGCUACUUGGUUCACGGGGAGCGGGGCGACGAGGGAAUUAUUCCACUGAAGGGCUGUCGGGAGAAUUGCUGAGUAUUUUUUUUGUAGAAUAUGUUGAAAGAAUAGAUACAACACUACUAUGUUUUCUUUUC